AUGCACUUUGCCCACCUUCUGUUGGCUUUGCCAUACUUGUGCCUUGCCGCACCAAUUAGCGGUACUGUCCUCUACAUCAUGAGCUAUCAUGCUUCCAUUAAUGCCCGCGCUGUUGCAUGCGCCCGGGAUGUCGAUAGCCCUGAGUGUGGAGGACACCAAGCUUACAAGCGAGAGGAGCUUGAUGCCCGCGCCGUUGCAUGCGCCCUGGAUGUCGAUAGCCCUGAGUGUGGAGGACACCAAGCUUAUUAA